GAUCUGACGACGGCAGACAAAACAAUUUCAGUUUCAGUUUCGAAAGAGCGUCGGUCGCGGAUAGGGAAGAUUGGUGUUUUGAGUGGAAAUCUUAAUUGGUUUUUCGUGCUGAAUUUAAUAAUCAAUCAGAUCGGAGUUUAUUUAUAACAUAAUUUAAGGAGAAAAAGUGCGGGUGAAAGUGAACGUGCUCUCGUCGUAAGAUAAUACAAAAAAAAGGCUGAAAGUGAAAUGUCAAAAGUGUUGACGGCCAAAAGCGAUGACUACUACCAGCGACAACUGGGACUGAGUGGAAUCCAGUCAUCCUUCGAUGGAGAUUCGUUGCCCGAUUACAGCGAGUUCGAUUCCGAAUCUGUGACACUGGACUACUUCAAGGAAAGUUCCAAGCGAGGACCUUCGCCGGACAAGAUGGCUCCAACGACGACAAUCGAGACGGUAACCAUCACCAGGCCGCUCAAGGUAAUUGCCUUCAUCUGUGGGGUAAUCGUGAUUGUCCUGAUGAUCCUGGCACUCACCUCCACCGACUGGCUGAUGGCGGAAAACUGGCGGCAGGGUCUGUUCGUACACUGCAUCGAGGAGGACUACGCACCGCCACUGCCCUUCAACCUGCAGGAUCCACCCGGUUGCUAUCCGAGCCGUGAUGUCACAUACAUAAAAGCCACCGCAGCGCUCUGUAUUGUGACCCUGGUCACCGAUGCCCUGGCGACUAUCCUAACUGGGCUCGGACUGCGGACGCAGGACCACACUUUGAAGUAUAAGUUCUACCGAAUCGCCGUGUUGGUCAUGAUGGUUGCAUUAAUCUCUCUCCUGGUGGCUCUCAUUCUUUAUCCGGUAUGCUUCGCGGCGGAGCUUAAUCUAGAUCCGAACUUUCUUCCAGGAAACCGGCCAGUGUGGGAGUUCGGCUGGGCGUACGGUGUCGGCUGGGGUGCUGCCAUUUUCCUGUUCGGUGCCGUCGUGCUGCUCCUGUGCGACAAGGAAUCCGAAGAGAUCUACUACAAGGAAAGGAAAAUAGUACACGACGUCUCGAUGCGAGACUAGGCCCGGCCACACGCCCUGCCCGAUGUUGUACUUUAGGCUUUUUAAAUAAAAACGAGAAAAAUAAUUGUCGUUCACAAUCCUCUCAAAGAAAAGGUUAUAGAGAUGAUGUACCAAAGCAAAAACUGUGAAAAUGGAAAAUCUUACCUACUAGAACAGAGCAAAAUCAAGCAAAAGUAUAAAUAU